CGUAAAGCAAAUAAUGUUUGAUCGGUAUUUCAUAUUGUGUCUUUUAAAUAGUGAAAUUUAUGCUUUUUUCGUUUGGUUUAAACUAUUAUUUAUAUUAAUCAACAGAAAAAACUUUAAAACGUAUUUUCGCGGGAAAAUAAAUUUAAAUUUGACUAUUUAAAAUCGCUCAUUAAGUGUUAAUCACAAUGAAGAUUGUUUCUAUGGUUACGAGAAACUUGAAGUGGGGAUAGAAAUUGUAUCAAUCAAACACCUGCGUAAAUACGUAGCAACGUGAUCCUGAUUUUUCUAAAAGAAAACUGUUUACAAUAGUGAAGAAGAAUGAAGAUUGAAGAAGUAAAGAGUACUGCUAAAACUCAAAGAAUUUCAGCUCAUACACACAUAAAAGGUUUAGGUCUUGAUGAAAAUGGGGUAGCAAUACAAUCCGCGGCCGGUCUUGUCGGCCAAGAAAUGGCUCGUGAGGCUGCUGGAAUUGUAGUUGACAUGAUAAAAUCUAAAAAGAUGGCUGGUCGAGCUGUAUUAUUAGCUGGCCCACCAGGUACAGGAAAAACUGCAAUUGCGCUUGCUAUUGCACAAGAAUUAGGUAAUAAAGUACCAUUCUGUCCCAUGGUGGGCUCAGAAGUUUAUAGUUCUGAAAUAAAAAAAACGGAAGUGCUUAUGGAAAAUUUUAGACGAGCUAUUGGUCUCAGAAUCAAAGAAACCAAGGAAGUAUACGAAGGAGAAGUUACAGAAUUAACUCCAGUCGAAACAGAAAAUCCAAUAGGUGGAUAUGGGAAGACAGUAUCCCAUGUGGUUAUUGGAUUAAAAACUGCUAAGGGUACAAAGCAAUUGAAACUGGAUCCUUCCAUAUACGAAUCUUUGCAGAAAGAGAAAGUGGAAACAGGAGAUGUAAUUUACAUCGAAGCAAAUAGUGGUGCUGUAAAAAGACAGGGCAGAAGCGAUAAUUUUGCUACCGAAUUUGAUUUAGAAGCAGAAGAAUAUGUUCCGUUACCCAAAGGCGAUGUACAUAAGAAGAAAGAAGUUAUUCAAGAUGUAACGUUACAUGAUUUAGAUGUUGCUAAUGCUAAACCACAAGGUGGACAGGAUAUCAUGUCCAUGAUGGGACAAUUAAUGAAACCUAAAAAAACAGAAAUUACAGACAAAUUGCGCAAGGAAAUAAAUAAGGUAGUGAACAAGUAUAUUGAUCAAGGAAUCGCAGAAUUAGUACCAGGAGUUUUAUUCAUCGAUGAAGUACAUAUGUUGGAUAUAGAAACAUUCACCUAUCUUCAUCGUGCUCUAGAAAGUGCCAUUGCUCCAAUAGUCAUAUUUGCUACUAACAGAGGACGCUGCAUAAUUCGAGGCACAGAGGAUAUUGUAUCACCGCAUGGAGUACCUCUUGAUCUCUUAGAUAGAUUACUCAUUAUACGAACACUUCCAUAUUCUAGAGCAGAAAUCGAACAAAUAGUUAAGUUAAGAGCUACAACGGAGGGACUACAAAUUGAAGAUGAAGCUUUGACUACCCUUGGUGAACUAGGUACAAAAACAACUCUUAGAUAUGUAGUACAGCUUUUAACUCCUGCUGCAUUAACAGCAAAAGUAAACGAAAGAACGAUUAUUAAGAAAGAGGAUAUUGAAGAAGUAGGAUCUCUUUUCUUAGAUGCAAAGUCUUCUGCCAAAAUUCUUACGCAAAAUAAAGAUAAAUUUAUGAAAUAAAUGUGUUUAUUCAAUUGUUAUUUAGUAAUGUAUUUUUUAUUUAAACUUCACCUAUUGUUUCACUAUAUUAUAAGCGUAUAUAUACUACUGAUCUAGUUGAAUUGAAAUUUUAUAAAUAAAACUAAAAAUUUUUGAACAAUGGAUAUUACAUUAUUUUUAAAUAUUAUUUGUUGUCUCCUGUAUUUUUAAAAUUAUAAACGGCGAAACUACUUCAUAAGCACAAUGCGCAAUAUUAGAAAUAUCAGUGAUAAGCGAAGUUUAUUAUUUCAACAGAUGUAAAAUAAUAUUUUUAAAGCUAUAAGUCA